AUGGAUGUUGACUGGGAAUGCAGAAACUGCCAAGAGUUUAAUCCAUUGUAUAAUGAAUUAGCCAAGGAGCUAAGUAGCACCGAUAGCCAAGUAAAAUUGGGAAAAUUGGAUGCGACUAAAUAUCGCCAUUUGGCUGAGAAACAUAACGUGGGAAGAUUGCCAGCAUUACUGUACUUUCGUAAGAGAGUACCACUAUUAUAUACAGGUAAUUUAGCCGUAGAUUCUAUAUCGAUUUGGCUUGACGAAAAUCGCAAAAGCUUCGUUCGUAGGCUUGAUGAAGACAAUUUCGAACACCUGACUCAGGCAUCAACAGGGGCUACCACAGGAGACUGGUUAAUACAAUUCGCCAGUCCUGGAUGUGAAGCAUGUAAGCUUGUUCGUGCUAAUUGGGAAGCGGUUGCUAGUCAUUUACGGCGAAAGAUGAAUAUAGCAACGGUGGAUCUAUCGGUUAAUCAAGGUCUAGCUAGACGUUUUAAAAUUCAUCAAACUCCAACCGUUAUACUAUUCCGUCAUGGUAGUCGAUAUACUUACAAGACUCAUAAUAACGAUUAUACAUUUUACCCAAUAGUAGCUUUCGCUACUGAAGAUUACAGAAAGGUCAAAGCUGUCACUGUUGAGGGCAAGAAAGGAUUCUUUUCUGAACUAUGGGGGUCACUCUCUUUUAAUUUUAACAUUUUUACGGUAUUAUACAUCUGUUUCGCAUUGAUUGCAAUAGUAAUAGUAGUAGCAUGUGUAUGUGCGUGCAAAUUAGCAGCAGAAGACAAUAUCGAUGAAGCCAAUGACGAAGAAAGUGAAGAUGAAUCAGAUACUGAAGAUAAGAAAGAAAAGUAA